AUGGAGGUAGAUGAGGAGGCACAUGGAGCCUUUUACAUGAAACAGAGGAGGCCAUCCAAUGUGACAACAACACCUUCUAUUCCUGCCUCACGCCUUAACAGUCCACACGGGUCCAGACGCUCCUCCCGAAUCUCCCUGAAACUUCCGCAGCCGCCGCCUAAACCAGUGCCGCUGAACGUGGAGGACUUUCAGGAGGAAGUGGUUAUUCUGCGUCGCCUGACCGAGGAUUACGCUCAUCUCGUGUCUAUCUUCGACAGUGAUGAUGCAGACAUGGACAGUUACAUUAUUUCCGCCCUGCUCAGCAGUGCCGGUCUCGGAACACCCAGCGGGAUGUUGAAUACGGAACAGUUAGCAAUAGCUGUCAGGCUUAACCGUGCCGACAUUGCCAAGGAGAAGAUUUUCACGGAGGGGCGCUCUUGGAAGAUUAACUAUGACGAGGAAGCCAUUGACGAGCCAUGGAACGAAGUUCAGGCCUACCAGCCCUCUGGUGUUGGGAUUGGAGGCUGUGAAGCUGGCUGUGUUCUCAGCUCAGUCCCAGCAAUGCACUUACCAUGUCUUCUUUAUCGCCAACCGCAGAAACACGAAUUGGACACCUUCAUGUUUAAUGCCAUUAUCGCCGAUCAGGAAGCCUUCGUCAGUCUCUUUCUGGAGAACGGUUUUGACCUGGAAGCCUUCUUAACUGUCCACAUGCUCGAGAAACUCUACACAGUCGGCCUGAGCAAACGGGAAUCUAAAUCUGAGAUGAUCCAGCAGUUGUGGGAGAGCUGUCGUAUCUACAAAAUGGACUGGGUCAUGCUGCGGGACAUUGGUCGCGUUGUCCGACAACUGUUGGGCGAGUUCUACCGCCCCUACUACCUGUCCAAACGCUUUCGAGAAGUCAUUAAACGGGCCAUCACAAGAUACGAGGCUGAGCAGAAGGAAGUCUUGAUUACCGGCGAUCGUAAGUUUAAGACAAGAUGCAGUUACGAAUAA